CCCCGUACUUGGUUCGAGAUUCAUAUAUACUUUACUUCAACUACCCCACGGCAAGUACUCUAUUACUUUCCACCACGCAAACCACGAUCAAGCUACCAAAGCCACAAUCCGCUCACCAUGACUGCGCAACCUCCGACUCUCAUCAACCUCCCACCUCAUCCAUCGGACCCUGCCACGCCCAAUGAUGCGCCUGGUACUCCAAAUUCCGCCACCACGACUAUGUCAGAGCUUUCUACAGUAGCCAUCAAAGACGGCCACCGUGGCCAUUUCCCACAUCACCACCACCCCGCUGAAGCCGAGCGUGCUGAUCGCAUCUCGCGCCUAGCCGGGCUCGAGCGUGUCGCUGUGAGUGGCCGCAAUCCUCAGGGACUUGCUCCUGGUGCAGCGAACAACCCUCCGCCCGGAUACUUCGAUGCGAAUAACCAACCUCAACUCUUUCGUGAACGCAGCACUGUUGGAAGCGCAAGCGCGACCGGGAGCGUAGGAGGUCGAACAACGUGGGCUAGUGGCAGCGAUAUGUACGACCCGGAUCGGAUGAGUGAAGAUCAAGAUGUGGAGACUUCCAGCAUAGGAGGCUUCAGCGACGAGGCAGCCUCGUUAGUAGGCUUCGGGGAGGGUGCACGAACACCGGCCCGUCAGCACAGCCAGAUCGGAAGCCCUGCUAUUAGCAAAGCAGGCGCAGUGCCCCAGCAUUUACGUGAUCAUGCACCAGGCAGUCCGAUGACGGGUGUGAAUGUUCCAAGUCCCGGAAGUACGCCUGGCGCGGAGCAACAGAGACAAGAUCCCACUCCUCUCGACGGCGGAGCUUCCACUGCCGAGCAAGCCAUUCGCGAUAGAUAUCCCCAUGACUAG